UCCAAGUGGAUAGUGACAGGAUCGUGACAGAGCAAAGUAGUAUUUUAUCAACCAUGGCAAGCAAUCAUCAUAAGCCCCUGCUCGUUGCGGCUUUCGACUUUGGAACCACGUACAGCGGCUAUGCAUUCUCUUUCCGAGGCAACCCCAACAAGAUUCAGACUAACUCGACAUGGUAUGCAGGCGGUGGAUCUUCCAAACUGAUGUCAUUAAAGACUCCUACCUCCGUUCUUCUCAAUCCCGAAGGACAGUUUGAUUCGUUUGGAUUCGAAGCUGAAGAUAAGUACGCAGGCCUAGCUGAAGACGAUGAGCACCACGACUGGAAGCUUUUCCGGAGGUUUAAAAUGGUUUUGCAUAGCAAUGAGCAUUUGACAAAAGACGUUACGGUGGAGGACAUUUGUGGUAAGCGGAUGAAGGCUUUCCCGCUGUUUGUCAUGUCUAUAAAUUUCCUGAGAGAGCACUUACUAGAGAUGGUUACUAAGCAAAUGAUUGGAAUCGAAGAGACGGACAUAUUGUAUGUGUUGACCGUCCCAGCUAUCUGGGAGGACAAUGCCAAGAAGUUCAUGAGGGAUGCAGCAGUUGCAGCUAAAAUCGACCCAAACCGCAUUAAGCUGGCUUUGGAGCCAGAAUGUGCCUCGAUCUGGUGUGAGACAUUGGGUAUGGACGUUAAGGGCGCUGAAUCGAUUCAAGGAGCACAGUACAUGGUCGUCGAUCUUGGAGGAGGAACAGCAGAUAUAUCCGUACACGAAAAAACAUCUGACGGGAACUUAAAGCAAAUCCACAAAGCCAGCGGUGGUCCUUGGGGAGGCAUCUUUGUGGAUGAAAAUUACAUGAAAAUGUUGGGUCGGCUGUUCGGGGAAAAGGCUCUUAUUGACCUGCAACAUACUGAAAUGAGUGAUUAUUUUGAUAUCACUCGUGAAUUUGAGCAGAAGAAACGAUUAUUUGAUACCGUUAAAACAAAGCAUUUUAUUGUUCGUGUGUCUGCUUCAUUGCGUAAACUUGCUAAAAAACAUUCCAAACAAUCUUUGGAAGACAGAAUUGCUGCAUUGGACAUUCAGGAAAAUUCCAUAACACCGAAGGCUAGUGACAAGCUGAAGAUCGAUGGGACAAUAAUCCAAUCAUGGUUCAAACGUCCAAUCGACAUGCUGAUCCAGCAUAUAAGGUCACUCUUGGCAGAAGCAAAAAUGAAACGCGUGCAAACCGUUGUUCUAGUUGGUGGAUUCGGCGAAAGCCCGUAUGUUCAGGAGAGAAUUAGGAAUGAAAUACCCGCCGUGAGGAUGAUCGUUCCUGAAGACGCGGGCCUCGCCGUGUUAAAAGGCGCCGUGAGGUUUGGACACAACCCCGCCAUUGUCUGCUCAAGGAUUAUGAAAUACACCUAUGGGACAAAAGUGUUUAGUGAGUUUGAUGAAAAGAAGCACCCAUGUGAUAAGAAGGUUUGGAAGAAUGGAGGGUGGUGGGUGCCUAAUUGUUUCAAUGUGUACGCGCGGGUAAACGAGGAGGUGAGAGUGGAAGAUCAAGUGACCAUGAUUGGUACUCCUUAUAGUAAAGUUUCCCUCACACCCGUCUACAGGACGAUACAGGAGAACCCUGAGUAUGUGACAGACCCUGGAUGUGAACUAAUUGGGACUGUUAGACUGGAAAACAGCAUUGACAUUCCUUUUGAAGAACAGGAUAUAGAAGACACGUUCGUGUUCGGGGAUACUGAGUUGCUGGUGAAGACGAAAAACAUGGCAACGGGGAAAGAGGCCUUCAUGACAUUUGAGUGUUUCAAAUAAACAGUUUGAAGGACGAUGGGUGUGGAAAUGCACAUCAGAACGUUUGUACAGUAUUGCAUACGCAUGCCACAAAAUAUGUUAGCGUGUAGAACGUUCCACAAAACUAUUCUAUAGAAUGUUUAUAAGUGUUUGCUUGUACAUAUAUAUCCGUGUUUCAAUAUAUAUUUCUCUAUAUUCUCUAUUUUCUUGUUCGCAAAAUGCUUUUACCCUUUACUAGAUGGAUAUUUAAUUCUACUCACCUCUAUCCACAGCCUGAUAAAUACCCAUACAUUCUCAGUUCUACUCCUCUAUCCAUAGCACGUUUGAUACUCAUUUUUACUUAUCUCAGUUUCAAUGACAAAAAUAAACAUUACCUGCAAUACAAAACAUCUACUAACUGUGAACUAUAUUUCCAUCAACACAAAAUAAAGUAACUGGUGAAAUAAACAUUAUCUGUUACUUCUAAAAGUUUUUUCAACAAUUGAUUCAUUCUUGAAACAAGUAUCUAAUCUUUCUACGUCUACGAAUCGGGUCAUAAACAAUUCCCAAAGGGUUAAGCAGAUGAAAUAAUUGAACCAAUGUCAUGAAGGAGCUAUACAUUGGACAAAAAAUAGAAUAAACAUUAUCUUGAUGGUAUAUCUUUUCUCUUUUAGUCAUUUGUUUUUAAUCAAAAUGAAAAGAGGCUUGUAACAGUAAAUAUUCUUUAAGUAGAGCAGGUUUCAAUUUUCCACUGUCUUUUACAAUAUCCCCUAUAGAGAAAGGGUACUGAAAGGGGCAAGCUCUCUAUAUGGCAUUGAUAAGCAUUUCACUGAUAUGGGCAUACACUAGUGGUAGCUUAUUUGGUCAAUAAUCUAAGGGUUUGAAGGAUAUAAAGGAUGUAAAGGCAAUACUUUGAAGAGUACUUGCCUUCUAGUUUUUGAAGAUGAAUCCUGAAACAAAAUAUAGGGUUGAAUAAAGCAUUCUUACAUAACUAAUCUUUCAGUCCUGAAAAUUUUGCAGAUUCAUAUUAUCUUCAAACCGUCUUUGGAUGACUCGGAAUGUUUUGGCAUGUGAAGUCAUUUUCUUCAAAUAUUUUACAUAGGUAAUCAAUUGGAAGAUAGGUUUAGCUAAUAUAUGUCGCUUUUAAUUUUAAUAAUGUUUUCUUUAUUUGUUCCCAGUUUUAGUACAAUGAUGCUUUUAAUUAUGAAACUCUGUGAUCACACAGUUUCAAACACUGUUGUUUUUAAUGCAGACUGUGUGUGAUGCUCAUAGUUUCAAACAAUGACUGCAUCGUAUCUUUGAAAGGGUUUUGCAUUAGGAACUCUGAACUGUAUUCCUCCGUCUGCAGAUAGAAUUGGGAUUUCUAAUCAUUGAAGUACUUGGGGUUUACCUAUUUGUUUAUUAUUAUUUGUUUUGUUAUAAAGUUAAUGCAUACUUUGAUAAUAUUUACCUUUAACGUUUUUUCUUUAUUCAAGAUUUUGGUAUAAGAGUGAGGUUUGUGUUUGAUGGUUCUUUUACCCCAGUAAAUUAAGAUUUUACUGACCGUUCUAAGGCGGUACCUAACAAUCCUUGAUAAACAUAACUAGUUUUUUUUAUAUAGUAUAUAUGCACUGUGUUGUUUGUUGAGUUUUGUGCUGUUGUUCCAUGAUUUUAGUUUGUGAUUUUUUUGUGUAUUUUUUGUGUUCUAUGUCUUUGGCGUUUACCCUGUGCCAUUAAACGGGAUUUAUGUAUAAACGUUUGGCUACUGAGCUUGUUUCUGUAGUUUUUCACAUAAGUAUUAAUGUAAAACAAACAUAACUUGGAUGAGAUCAUGUCUGUAUAUACAAUAAUUAACACAGUUUGUAUUCCAUUGUUACAGUACCUGUUUAUUCGGAUUUCAAUUAUAAAAUAAUAGUUAUCUAUCUAUUAUUAACGACACUAAAAUACAUAUAAUGAAAAGAUACAUAUAGUUAUUUCGAGCUUCUGAAAAAGUUAUCAAUUGGAUUAUUUUUUUUCCAAUUUAUUAGAGAAAAUCCCAAUAGCAAGACCCUUUUUUAAAAAUAUAUAUAUUUUUAUAGAAUCCAUUGCGUAGCUCUUUCCUUAUCUUGUCUGAUU